UCGUGCUGAAGGUCUGGACUUUGAGACUGUGAAAGCACUGAUUGCUUUAGUUUUGAUUGGAUGUGAUUUAUGGUUCUUUAUCUCUCCUCUCUGUCACGGAGGUGUCAAAGGUCGAGGCUCUUGAGCUGGGGUAACUCACUUUGCAUCUGGGCUGCUCCUUACACCGGCCGGGCUGAGGACGGCAGGACGGGCGCUCCGUACCCGGGCUGGGAGCGCUCGGGACUGGAGCUUGGAGCAGAGGGAGACCGCGGGAGGGAGUCUUCACACAGGUCAUCCUGAUAACCCUGGGUCGGCGGUGCGGGCGAAGAGAAGGAACCGGCCAGAGGAUUCGGUGUCCGGGGAAUAGGACCCUGGCAGGAGGCGGUGACAAGGAUGCGGUACCCCAGCCUGAUCGAGAGACUCUGUGUGUUCCAGUGGGUCUUGACCUUCCUGGCGAUGGGUGUCUUUUUCACCCUUCUGACUGCCUACUUGCUCCUCACACCUCUCUGGCCAGUGUCUGCCCUGUACCUUGCCUGGUUAGCCGUGGAUAGAAACACCCCCGAAAGAGGAGGUAGACGAUCAAAGUGGGUCAGAAACUGGAGAGUAUGGAAAGGAAUGAGAGAUUAUUUUCCUGUGACGCUCGUGAAGACAUCCAAGCUCAGCCCCAAGAAGAACUACAUCCUCGGCCACCACCCCCAUGGAAUAAUGUGCUUCGGCGCCUUCUGCAACUUCGCCACGGAGGCCACCCAGUUCUCCAGGGUGUUCCCAGGCAUCACCCCGCACCUGGCCACGCUGAACGGCCUCUUCCGUCUGCCAGUCUUCAGAGACUACCUCAUGAGUUCAGGAGCAUGCCCGGUGAGCAAGUCAAGCCUCAGACACCUCCUGGAAGAAAGCGGGGUGGGCCAAGCGGUGGUGAUCGUGGUGGGGGGCGCAGCAGAGUCGAUGGCUGGCCGGCCGGGCGAGCACGGGGUCUUGCUGAAGAACAGGCAGGGCUUCGUCCGCAUGGCUCUGGAGCAUGGGGCUGACCUAGUUCCUGUCUACUGUUUCGGAGAGAACGACAUCUAUGACCAGGUGGUUCUAGAGCCAGACAGCUGGGGGAAUCGACUGCAGCGGCAGUUCCAGAAGCUGGCAGGCUUCGCUCCCUGCCUGUUCAGAGGCCGUGGUCUCGUGUUCAGCCGCUCCUGGGGGCUGCUGCCCUUCGCCAGGCCUAUCACUACUGUCGUGGGCAAGCCCAUCGUUGUCAAGAGGAUGCCCAACCCUCCUCAAGAAGAGGUGGAUCGCUACCACACUCUGUACCAGGAAGCCCUUCUCAGGCUCUUUGAUAAGCACAAGAUGCGAUAUGGACUGUCCAAGGACACCAAGCUGACCAUAUACUGAGGCCCAUCACCCCUCUUCACCCUCUACCCACAUCCCUCCACGUGAAGCAAGAGUAUCGAACCCCAACCCUCAGCUUCUUCACUCCAUAUUCUCCCACAGGGACAGGGCAGGACAAUUAUUUCCUGUAGGCCAUAAGGCCUAGGGCACUAUCAAUAAGCCCUGGGGCCCAGCCCACAAUUUUCCACAGGGACUGAGGUUUUGUUCAUCCACACCCACAGGCUCUGAGGCCUAGCAAGCACCACCAAUGAAACCUGGGGCCCAGCUAACCAUCUCCCACAGGUUCAUCUACAUCCACAGGCCCUGAGGUUUAUGAGAAUGUUGAUGAGACUCAAGUGACUGACUUACAGAGAGCGGUUGACCAGGUUGAGAGCUUACAUAUUGCAGUGUAGGAGAUUGAGAGGUAACCUUUUAGGGGUGUGUAAAAUCAGGAGGGGCAUAGUUAGAAUGAACACUUGCAGCCUUUUUUUUUGCAGGAUUGGGAAACCAAGAACUAGAGGGCAGACAUUGAAGGUGAGAGUGGGAGAGAUUUAAUAGGAACUUAAGGGGCAAGAUUUUCACCUAGUGGGUGGUCAGUGUCUGGAAUGAGCUGCCAGAGGUUGUGGUUGACACAGGUAUACCAAAAAAUACCUGAGGCAACUCACAGUCUCCCACAGCAUCCAGCUCAUCUUUACAAAGCAGGGCCUUACACUGAUGAUGCUUAUUAGAUCACCAUCACUCUCAGGGCCUAGGUGACGACAAAUGCUUCACUGCCCUCAGAAGCUCAGAACCCACUUGCAAAUGUGACUGAGGGCAAGAUCAACAUGUUCCACAGGAUCUGAAGUUCAUUUGAUACCCAUUGGGCCUGAGACCUUGUUCACCAUCUUCCACAGGUCUGGUGAGAGUUUAGCCAGGCCUGAGGUUUAGAUCACCAUCACUCUUGGAGCUUGAGGGAAAGACAAUCUCAUUGCUUCCCUCUGGGUCUGAGGGUAGGAAACUACCUCCAAUUGGACCUUGAAGCUGAUUUGCUGAUUGCUAUUUUCCACAUGGCCUGGAGCUUGCUUCCUUGCCCACAGGGAUAGAGGCCUUGUUCACCAUCUCCCACAGUUGGGGGUCUCCAUUUCAUUUUCUCAACUGGGCCUGAGGGCCAGAUCACAAUCACUUUUGGGGCCUGAGGGAAAGACAAUCACUUCAUUGCCUUCAGGAACCGAGAGCUAGGAAUCCACCUUCAACUAUGCAAGAUCACCAUAUCCCUCAGGUCCUGAGGCCCAGUUGACACCCACAGUGCCUGAGAUCUACAUAAUCACACUUCUGGGUCAGAGGGCAGAACAAUUGUUUAACUGCCAAGGUGCUGAGAAUGAGUUCAUUAUUUCCUAGGUCUCCAGGGCCACAGGCCUAGAAAAUCACCUCUGAUAAGGCUAGAUCACCAACUGCCAUGUCCUAUAGGGCCAGGGGCCCAGUUCAUUAUCCACAGGGAAUGACGUUAAUUGCUUCACUGCGCAUGGGGCUUGAGGCCUUGUUGACCAACUUACACCAGUCUGAGGUCCAGGUCAUCUUCUCAAUAGAGCCUGAGGAAAAGAGAUUCACUUCACUGUUGUCAGAGCCAGAAGUUGAGGAAACUACUUCCAAUAAAACCUGAGUGCUACUUCACAGCCACCCACAGCAUCGGUGGUUUAGUUAAUCUCCAUAGGGCCUGAUACUAACACACCCACCACCCUGAGAGGACAAGGCCUGUGUCAACUCCUACCAUCCCCCAUCUACUGCAGCAAAUCCCCCUGCCCCAUUUACCAGUGUUUCACAGGGUUCUUUAGUCCUGCUCUGUGUUGCUUUGGAUCUAAAUUAGAGGGGAAUAUUAUUUUGUAUUCUGAGCAGCAGCAUUGCAUAUUCCAUGGCAGAAUCAACAUGAGUGAGUGAAAGUGAGAAUAUGCCAUCACACACUCCCGGGGUCAGACACAGAGUGAAGCUCCCUGUACACUGUCCGAUCACACACUCCCAGGGUCAGACACAGAGUGAAGCUCCCUCCACACUGUCCCAUCACACACUCCCCAGGUCAGACACAGAGUGAAGCUCCCUCUACACUGUCCCAUCACACACUCCCAGGGUCAGACACAGAGUGAAACUCCCUCUACACUGUCCCAUCACACACUCCCAGGGUCAGACACAGAGUGAAGCUCCCUCUACACUGUCCCAUCACACACUCCCCAGGUCAGACACAGAGUGAAGCUCCCUCUACACUGUCCCAUCACACACUCCCAGGGUCAGACACAGAGUGAAGCUCCCUCUACACUGUCC